AUGAAUUCUACCACGAUCCUCCUCUGUGUCUUCUUUGGCUUGCUGACCCAGGCGUACCUUCUCCCUGUUAAGAACUCCACAGGAGUACAUGACGGUAAAGUGAGGUUGAAAAGGAAAUACUCAGAUGAUGACUUUGAUGACAUAAAUGCGAUGGAUCAAAUCCUGGCAGUCAACAGUAGGCUGCGAGCACCUCGAGGCGUGACAUUCAGAGAAGGCGAUAUUGCCACUUCACACUUGCAGAGUGCAAUAACUUGCCCUGGCAACUCCUGUCUGUGGCCUAAAUCAGUCGAUGGAUUUGUUUAUGUUCCAUACAUCAUUUCCCCACUAUACGACGACAUGGACAGAAUCACCAUAGAAACCGGGAUGCAAGACAUCGCCGCUGGAACGUGCAUCAAAUUUGUUCCACGCACUCAUGAGGGUAAUUUCCUCGACGUUCAGCCAAGAUAUGGCUGCUGGUCAUUCCUGGGGCAGACUGGGGGAAGCCAAACUUUGUCACUGCAGACUCCUGGAUGCAUGUGGGCAGGAGUGGCCUCCCACGAGUUCAUGCACGCUCUUGGCUUUGUCCAUGAGCAGUCCCGCUCUGACCGAGACCACUAUGUUACAAUUGUAUGGAAUAACAUCAUGCCAGACCGCAUUCACAACUUCAGGAAACAGCUGACAAACAAUCUCAACAGCCCAUAUGACUACAACUCUGUCAUGCAUUAUGGAAGGUAUGCCUUCUCUGAAGACGGUGGACCAACGAUCAUCCCCAAACCAGAUCCUUACAUUCCUAUUGGCCAGCGAGAUGGACCGAGUGCUCUAGAUCUUCAUAAAAUUAACGUCCUUUAUAACUGUGGUGCCAAUGAGUAACUGGAUCCAGAGAGUUAACCUAGUUUUUUUAUAGUCUUAUCUGUUGAAUGUGCUCCCAGGUAAUAAGUGCUAUAGUCUUCAG